CAAUGAUCGCCGGUUAAUAACAAUUAAAAUACAGCCGUGUACGCUACUUACUCGUCGUAUUUUCUGCUGAGUUGGUUUAGUUUUGUUUGAAAUUGGAAUGUGUUGAAGAAAUUUCGUUGCGGCAAUUUGUUUCAUUCCACUGUCCACUCAGUGUUCAUUUGUGAGAGUAGACAAUUACUAUCACCGUGUUUUUAGUGCGUUGGAAUGUCUUGCGGUUGUUCUUAAAGUUAGCGAAAUAAUGAAAAAUAAAUGCCAACUGGCUUAAGUGUAAAAGAAUCCAAUGAAAAUUGUUAUAAAUGUGUUAAAUAAAAUAUUGAUGUGUAACACGUGAAAAUAACCUUCAACAUAAGACAAAACCUAACACUGAGCAAUUACUAAUUGUUAUAUAUGGUGCUUAUUGGCAGAGCUAUUUCAAAGACAAGUAUCGUUGAUUUAUGCACACUUUUUUAACUUAAUUUUUUUGCGUCGAAAAGUGUGGUUAAAGUUAUAUGGUCAUCGUUAUAAAAUAAGAUUAGAUAUUCACGAUGAAAUUAAAAAAAAAUUUGACUGUGCCAAAAAAGAAGAAAUUAAAUCUGUGGUAAUAAGAACGUCCGAUAGUGUUAAAACGUACUUCCAACUAUUAUGAACACAUAGAUUUAAAAAAAUAUGUCUAAUGAAAAUAUAACUGUGCCACAAAGCAAUAUUGCUCCAACCGACUUCAAAUAUGGUGACUCUGAUAUUUGUUCGAAACGCCGAAAGUGCAAUGCUGAUGCUACCGUGGACAAUGAGAGUAUUGCAUUUACUGAAUGUACACCAACAAAUAUUUCUCUUUUGGAUUUUUCUUCCAUUGAUGUGAGCUCAGAUUUUAAAGGAGGUCUUCUUAAUUCCACUACAUCGACAUCAUCCGCACAGUCAUCACCUAUUUCAUUAAUAACUGAAGAACAUUCGGAAAAAUCGCUAUUGAUAACAGCAAAGCCAUCACAAACAAGUAAAUGUUUUGAAAACACCUUUAAAUUAUUACAAACCCAAUUAGAGUGCAAUGCAAAAAAGGCUGUUAGCGUUAUGCAGUCCUUUAAUGUGGAUACGUCCUUUUUAAACAGCAGUAUCAGUUCAUUACCUUCAAUCAGUGAAUCCGAAGAACCACCUACACAUUUAGAGCUUGAAUUAGAAGCAAUGCGACGAGUGCGUACGCUAGUUAAAAACAAAACAAGUUACAAUAUUUCCCCGCGAUUUGUAGCACUUUUAUGCGAUUUUGUGUCCAAAGGUCAACAUAAAGAAAAUGAGAAAGAUCAUCGGGAAAAUUGUUCAAAAGAUGGUGAACAGGAUUUAAGAUAUCAUGCUGCUAAGAAUUGUGACGGAAAAAACUGUCUAAGAGUUAUAAGGACGUUAUGCUCACAACAAGUUCUAUGUGGAAACCGUGUAAGCCAAAUGACGCGCGCAUAUGAUGAUAUAGAAGCUGUGACCCGCUUGCUGGAAGAGAAAGAAAAGGACUUAGAAUUAACAGUACAAAUUGGCAAAGAACUUUUAACGCAAAACAAUGCCCUUGAAAGCAGGAUUACUGAGCUCGAAGCAGAUUUGAAAUCCUCGAAUGAGGAUCGCGCUCAACUAGUGCAUGAACUACACAAGAAAAAUGAACUUAUCGCUGUUUUGACGAAUGACUCUGACGAAGGGAGUGAAAAUGAUACUCCUACCUUCUCCAAAUCCAUUACUUUGGAUUUACUGCAAAAGAAAAUUGCUACUUUGCAAGAUGAAAAUAAAAGUUUGAAACUUGAAGCCUUACAGCUUGCCUCAGAAACCGAUGAUGUUGAGGCGCAGGAACGUCAACUUAUGGAAGACAUAACGUCGCAAUUGAACGAAGCGAACGGUCGCUACGACAGCAUGAAUCUGGAGUUGGAACGUCUCCGAGAGGAGAAUCGUUUGCAGCAUGAACAGAUAAUCAGUUUAACGGCGAGAUUAUCGGAAGCUGAAAUGAGGUUGCAUCAAUUAACGCACGACAAUGACGAACACAUAACACUUUUAAAUAUAACCAAGGAGAAUCAAAAUUCAUUAGCAGUGGAAUUACUUGAAUUCAAGCAACGAUAUCAGGAAGUACUGGCUCUACUGCAGGAGGCCCAGGAGCAAUUGCGAAAUCAGAGAAAGAAAACAAUGCCGCAAGCGCGUAGCUCUUUUAUAUCGAAUUCUGGUUUACUGCAGCCCGAAUCGUUGCAAAGUGAAUUAAUGGAGUCAUCAAUGUACUCUGAAAAUAGUCUUGACUCCGGUAUUGCGGGUGAUACGCAACGUGCAGACCGGAUGGGCCGUUUAAUGUCGCAAAUGCCCGGUAUAUAUGGUGGUGGUGCUGGUACCGCAGGGUCCGCAUAUGGAUUUGGAGUUGUUGGUGCUAUACCACCAUAUAAGCGGGUGUUCGAAACGGUGCGAUGUGCCAGCAAAACUGGCAAUUACAUGGAUAGUGGUAAUUCGUCGAUGACCCAACUGGGGGCAAUGGCAAUGAGCAGUAGCGUGGGACCGCGGAUGUCGGCGAUGCCGUAUCGUGGUGCCGCCUUCGAUGACAAUACAAUGGGUCUGAAGACUUUGUCAUGCGAAAGUCUGGCAUCACAAUCGGACGACGGCUAUCCAGCGGCACCAAGUGGUGUUCCUGGUGCACCAGGCGCUAAAGACUUAGAAGCCGCUUUAAAACGCCUCACACCAGCUGAAGUAUUGGCACGACGUGCUAUGCUCUCCUAUGCUCCAGUUGGUACAUAUUCAUAUGAUGAGCAGCCAAACACCACAAAUACACUUCCACUAGGUGUACGCACGCCAGAUAGUAUUAUGUCGACAGGUUCGUCAGGUAUUUCAUCCUCGAAUAUGUCGGCAUCAAUGCAACAAUGGCGGCUACCGGAAAAAUUGCAAAUUGUGAAACCUAUAGAAGGUUCACAAACACUGCAUCAUUGGUCCAGAUUAGCAACGCCUACGUUAAGUGGCUUGCUUGAGGAACGACCCGGUGUUACCAUACGCGGUGGACGUGGCCUUGACGAUUUGGGCAUGCAAGUGUAUACAUUGUCCGAUGUGGAGGAAGACGUAAGCGAUGACUUACCGGGCAAGCAAUUUGAAGCUUCCGGUUGUACAUUUACGUAUACAACGAGUAUGGUAAUGCAUCCUGAUGACGGUUUAAAUGAUUUGUCAUUCUUGUCUCAAUCACAAUUGUCAUCACGUAUGGCCUCCGCAUCGACAUCGCGUCAACCAAGUUGCCCGCCCACCCCACACGGUGGACUCUCGCGCAAAAACUCGUGCUCUACGUUUUCGGUAAAUCUCGGAUUGGCUUCAAUGUUAAACGAACGUGGUAUCAAGGCUGUGACGCCAAGUGCGCUGAAUACACCCGCUGGACCGAACUUCACACCAACUGUUACGCCCUGCAAUAGUCCCGAGGGUUCCCCACCACGCUCAGCAUCGCCCGAACCAUUGUUCGGCAUACUGUCGACUGGUGCCGAUUUGAUUCGACGCAAACUAAUUGGCGAUAUUGAGAGGCCAAAUCGUAAUCAAGCUCAAAAACAACAAAAAAUCAUGCUAUCACGCUUGGAAAGACGUGCAUUACGUUCGCUAAAAUUGGUCGAGAAAGUGGAGAGUAUUGGUUUAGAGAAUAUCAUAGUUGCUCAACCGAAUACUAUGUCCCAGUUGGCUAGCGGUAUAGCGAGUCGCAGCUCUAGUCCAAUGGCACAAUUAAUUAGUCUUAAGAAUCUGCACACAUGCGCCAAUAACGUAGUGGAUGAUAUACACUUCGAUCGUGAUCAAAUAAAAACCGUGCUACAUAAGGGACUGACUACGCCCACCACAGCCAGCUCAAGCAUAAGAAGUGAUGAUGAAAGCGUAGAAACAGAAUCGAUAUCAAGCGUAAUAAGUACUGAAAGAACUGUUAAAAAUGGACAACAGCAUACAGUAAUAAAUAGCACACAAAAUGUGAUUUCGGCAACGGUCACAACAGCGACACCCACAAAUGGUACAAGCACAACCGAGUCCCGCAUAAAGCAAUUACAACGACAAAAGUCGCGUCGCAAUCUGAAAAAUGGUAUUGCUGGUCAACGACCAGAUUUAGGUACGAUCAAUGGUAGUGCUAAUGGUGGUGGUAGUGGACGUGUACGUCCCGAUUUAGGAAAAGUGUCUUCUGGACCCUCAACGUCUGCGGCAGCCAAGAUCAAUAUGACAAAUGCCCCUACAGUUGUGCCACAGACGAAAAAGGGUGCGCACAAUAAAGAACGCGAACCGCGAGAACAACAAGAAGGUGUUUUACAAACAGUUGUCGGAACUGUGAGUUCAUUACUCUUCGGACGUAAAGGUGGCUGGCUGUAGAGCACUUAUACUAUUUAUUUUACUAAAUGUGCUUAUUUAAGUAUGAUAAUAAUAUAUAAUAAUAUUUACUACGUAA